AGGCAGAGCGCGAGCUUUAUUCUUUACGUAAGCUCACGCGCCAAUAUAACACCUGUUGUGUGCGUGGACUUGUUAGAACAGUAUGACAGUAAUGAGGACUGUUGAUAGAGACACGCAAAUCCGCACCAGUACAGGGUGAACAAGGUAGCUGAUGAAAACGAUGGCAAAGUAACGUGUCGGAAUUGGGAGACGACUGGUUUCCGUAUUUCAUAAUUUCCUUUUUUAAUUUUGUGCAUGCGAGCACAAGCAUGCUCAGUCUUUUUUUUCCUGUGUCAUCAGGUAGAGAGGAGCCAAAUCAUCAGGACAAAACAAAACAGAACAUUUUGAAUACCAAAACGACAGACUGUGUACUCUGUGAACACAGGACGGAACAGAUCUGUGGAUUAGAAUACGCCACUGUGUCAGAGCAGAGGAGGAGGAGGGCUCUUUUAGGAGUCAUCGCGAUAAAAAUAACUUUAUUGUGGUGGAUCAUGUUUUGGUGGGAGGGUUAGUUUUCCCUCACUGGGUCAGCCCCAUGAGCAGCAGAUGAGCUGGAGAGGCGUGUGUCUGUGUGUGCGCGCAUGCUAGCUGUGCUGUGAGCAGAGGAACCCAGCCAGGCAAACCUCACUGUGCUCUUACCAGCUCCCUCCAGCCGUGUGUUCUCUCUGCUCCAGAUGAUGCCGUGGAUGUAGCUGGUGCCUUCCUGGUGAUAUGAAUAACACACUGGAGGAGCUCAACACGCCUGGAAGCCUCGCGGAGAAAGCAGACAUUUUUCAGAGUGCCAAGAGGAACACGAGUGCCUUGCCCAGUGCAGCCCUCAUCCCUCUCCGGGCUCCACAGGACCCAGCACAUGCCCAGUUCUCCAGGACUGCUCUCUGCAAGGCCAAUAGGAGAAGUGAAGAGGUCGAGGAGCCGCUGUCCUGUCCGGUCCCCAACCCCUUCCCCGAGCUCACCUCCUCACUCGGCUCCCAAUGCCUCUGCAGUGCAACUCAGGUUAUCAAAGUGUACAAUGAGGACAACACCAGCCGAGCGGUGGAGGUUCCCAGUGACAUCACUGCCAGGGACAUCUGCCAGCUGUUUGUGCUGAAGAACCAUUGCAUCGAUGACCACAGCUGGACCUUGUUUGAACAACUCUCCCAUCUGGGCAUAGAAAGAACCAUAGAGGAUCAUGAAUCAGUCAUGGAGGUGCUGACCAGCUGGGGCCUGGACACUGACAGCAGGCUGUAUUUCAGGAAGAACUAUGCCAAGUAUGAAUUCUUCAAGAAACCCCUGGAUUUCUUCCCAGAUCACAUGGUGUCCAUUUCAAGUGAAACCAACGGGUUGAUGAAACAGUGCGAGCUGGUCCAGACGUUUUUGAACUUGAGUAUGUGUCCAGAGAUCCACGGCCAUCUCCAUGCCAAGGAGCAGGGCAGGAAGUCUUGGAAGAAGUUUUAUUUUGUGUUGAGGCGGUCUGGGCUGUACUUCUCCAACAAGGGGACUUCCAAGGAACCAAGACAUCUCCAGUUCAUCGCUGAGUUCAGUGACAGUGACGUCUACACACUGCUGUCAGCCCGGAAGAACCAUGGUGCUCCUACAGACUACGGCUUCUGUGUCAAGUCCAGUAAAGGGGUUUCCUCCCGGGACCUGAAGCUGCUGUGUGCUGAUGAUGAACAGACCAGGACCUGCUGGGUCACUGCCAUGCGCCUGUUUAAGUAUGGGAUGCAGCUGUACCAAAACUUUGUUCAGCCACACCAGAAACAGAAGUCUUCACCAAUGAGGAGCAUCUCUGAGAACUCGCUGGUGGCCAUGGACUUCUCGGGGCAGAAGAGUAGGGUGAUCGAGAACCCAUCGGAGGUGUUGUCUGUUGCUGUGGAGGAGGGCCUGACGUGGAGGAGGAAAAGCUGCCACCGGCUGAGCUCUCAUGGAAGCCCUUCCACCUCCCAGAACCCCAUCUCCAUUAUCGCUCUCCAUAUGGCCCAGCCCUGGUUCCACAGCAAGCUGUCUCGUGAUGAGGCCCAUCGCCUCAUCACUCAACAAGGUCUUAUUGACGGAGUGUUUCUCCUGAGGGACAGUCAGAGCAACCCCAAGAUGUUUGUCCUGUCGCUGUGCCACACACAGAGAAUCAAACACUUUCAGAUCCUACCUGUGGAUGAAGACGGGGACCUGUACUACAGCCUGGACGAUGGUCAUACUCGCUUCACUGAUCUGAUCCAGCUGGUUGAGUUCUACCAGCUGAACCGGGGUGUCCUGCCCUGCAAGCUCAAACACCACUGUGCCCGCAUCACCCUCUGAACCCCCGCCUCUAACCAGGCCCACACACACCUUUCCCAUAGGGCUGCUGUGGAGAACCACUCCAGUCCCCCCAGCCCCCAGGCCCUGACCAGGAGCAUACACACAUGACACGGUAGCCACUAUGCUAACAGAUGUUAAACCACUGUUAUCCCCCUGUGUAAAUGUGGUCAUGUCUUCAAAAACUAGUUUCUUUCUUUCUUUUCUUUUUUAUAAAAGAUGAAAUGUAGUUUUUAUGAGAUUGCAUUAUGAUAAAUCAGAAUUGACCACAGGUGUUUGCGGAAAAUGGUAUUGGAGAGGGUGCAUGUACUGUAGGCUGGUCUGCCGGUGGUGUGUUGGUUAGCCCGAAGGUGGAGUUAAAUCGUGAGGACAAGACCCAUGUUGUUGUGAAGCCACACUUCAGUCCUCGUACUGUACUGUAUAUAUUGUAGAGCAGAAACUGUUUUCGUUUUGAAAUCAGCUUACUUGAUCGUUGUAAACACUUAAGAGGAAUGAAAAUCUGGUACCACAACAAGCGGUCUAGUUGAUAGGUCUGCUGAGGUAUAGCCAUAAUCCUUGUGUGUUAUUGUCACAGUGAAGCUAAUUUGUGAAACAAGUCAGGAAGGGGGUGUGUCUGAUCCAUCUGUUAACAAGGCAUGCUGGGAAAUGUAGUGCAGCACAGCUGUCAUCGCACCCAGGGUACAUUUCAGCUCUUGUUUCAUCAUAUCUCAAGAUAUUCAGGUAUUUUCUAAAAAACAAUGAUUGUUUUUAUUGUGUUUUGUAGGUGUGAGAUGAUGACUUGCAGAUGCCAGAUGUGUGCGUUGUGUUUAAGUUGGACACAUUCUGCUGUAGUGUGCACAUGCACACCUACAUACACUAGUCUGCACUAUGCGUUCAGCUGAAACUGAUGGAUUUCAUUUUAAUCAACAUUGAAAACGCUGCACACAUGCAUAAUGCUAACGGCAGUUAAAGUUGAUCUGACAGAAUUAGAGAUUUACAACCACAGUGUAAGAUAAAUAUAUUGGGACUUUGUUGAUCAUAUGUGAAUUGUUGUACAUUUAAAUUCAUUUUAUAGUCUUUAAUUUUUAUUUUUUGUUGCCCAUCUUAAUUCAGGUAAACGUGU